GAUAAGCCCGGCUUCAAAGGCGGAGCGCCCCUGGGUCUCGAUUGGCGACAAGCGUCGCCGUCGGCCUCCGAACCUCAGCAACACCAGUCCCAGUUCGCCGCCACCAUCACCAGCACCACCACCACCUCCGGCUCCGCCUCGGCUCCCUCUCGCCCUGCCGCUGACGAUGAGGUCCCCUGCGACGUGUGCAUGAGCCCCAAGCUCAGGGCCUCCAAGGCCUGCCUGGAGUGCCUGACGUCGUACUGCGCGGCGCACCUGGAGCCUCACCUGCGCGUGGCGGGGCUGAGGCGGCACCGGCUCAUCGAGCCCGUGGAGCGUCUGGAAGAGCGGGCGUGCGCUCGCCACAACCGGCCCCUGGAGCUCUACUGCCGCUGGGACCAGAUGUGCGUGUGCCGCUUCUGCGCCGAGACUGACCACCUGGACCACGUGAUGGUCACGCUGGACGUGGAGAGUGUGGAGAAGAAGACCUCACUGAAGAUGCUGGAGGGUGUAAUUAACCAGCUGAUUCAGGAGAGGCUGAAUAAGACACAGGAGCUCAAACAAGCAGUGGAGCUCAGCAAAGAGAACACUCAGCGUGAGGCAGAGGAGAGUGUGCAGGUGUUCCGGGCGCUGCUGCGCUGUGUGGAGGGCAGCCAGGCAUCGCUGGUGGAGGAGAUGGAGCAAAGACAGACGGCCUUGGAGCGCAAGGCACAGCGCCUCCUACUGGAGCUGGAGCAGGAGAGCACCGAGCUCAGGGCCAAGAGAGACGAGCUGGAGAAACAGCAGAAGAACGACGACCCCAUUGACCUACUACAGAAUUACCCGCAGGCUAUGUCUCGGCCGCAGGUGAAAGACUGGUCAGACACCAGAGUGUACACUGACCAGUGUGUGGGCCUCACCAGGAGAGUGCUGUCCAAGGUGGAGGAGAUGCUCAAGACUGAAAUGAAAAGGAUGGAGGAGAACGAGCUGAAAAGGAUUCAGGCGUAUGCAAUUGAUGUGACCUUUGACCCUGAUACGGCUCACCCCAACAUCCACUUGACCGAGGACGGCAAGCAAGCUGGGCGUGGCGAGACCCUUAAAGAACUGCCGGACAUUCCGGCCCGUUUCGACCCGGUGCUCUGCGUGAUGGCCAGACAGGGUUUCUCCUCCGGUCGGUUCUACUACGAGGUUCAAGUCAGCAGCAAGACGUUCUGGGACCUGGGGGUGGUGAGCGAGUCAGUGAACCGCAAAGGCAUGAUCACGUCCAAGCCAGAGAACGGCUUCUGGACCGUGCGCCUACGGAACGGGGACGAGUACCGGGCCCUGGGCUCGCCCUCAGUCCAGCUCGCCCUGCGUGGGCGACCCCGGAGAGUCGGGAUCUACGUCGACCACGAGGGCGGGCGGGUAUCCUUCUACGACGCAGAGGCCGGGCGGCACGUCUACUCGUUCACCGGACACUCCUUCACCGAGCCACUCUACCCCUUCUUCAGUCCGGGUGUCGCAGAUGACGGGAAGAACCUUGAGCCAUUGGUUAUAACGUCUGUUAGUCAACCGAGCGGAUUGUGACUGUUAACUAUUAGUGUAGGCCAUGCACUAACGCCAAACAUGGAUUUAGAAAGAUGUUCAUAGUCCCAGUAACUCAUAGUUAUUUACUAUACUGUAUAGGGCACAAUGUUGUGAAUGAGUACAGUAGAUAUUCUGAACGCGGGUCUAUGUUCUGUGUCAGAAAAUGACAGAAAUGUACAUGAUUAAUCACAUAUCACUUUAAAUAAUUGGUAACACUUUACUUGAAGGGUGAGUUCAUAACACAUUCAUAGCAGC